GACGCAGUACUGCACCCUCACUUACUGGGCCUCGGUGACGACUCUUAGCACGGGCUUGUGUGCUCCGUCGAGCUGCUCCAAUGCCGACCUGAAGGAAAUAUUUGGAACCAUUCCAGAUCUCGGAGAAAGUGUCGAGAUUAGUUGCAUUUUCAAUUACCCAUUGAAAACGGGAGCAAUCGUAACAUUAUGCAUCUUGUGGGUCUUCCUGCUCAUGGUUGUCGUAGGAACUUUGUACCACCUGAUUUCGCACAGACGAAUCCAGGCCAACAUCACUAAAACGAAGGCUAAAAUUGAAAAGAUGGAGGAAGCCCUUUCUGGAGAGAAAACGAAGAAAUCUAUGAAAGAGAAGGAAAUCGAGCGUAGAGCAAGCGUCAACGGAAACAUCGACUGGCCAGGGAUGAACCGCUUCAGCGGAAACCACCAUACUACGCACGAUAACGAUGGGUUUCUCGACGUGGAGGGCGCUUUGGAAGCCACAGAAAACACCGUUCCCUCAACCGAUGCACCUGUGUAUUGCACUUGCGGUGUCAAAGCCAAUAAGAAAAAGGUUAAGAAAAUGGGUUUUCUGGAUACUCUUCUGAUGGGAUUCUCAGCAUUGCACAACGGUGCGAAGAUCAUGAACACCAAAGAGGCGGCUGGAAACCUGGGCGUCCUGAACGGGAUCCGUGUCAUCAGCAUGUGGUGGAUUAUUCUCGGCCACACCAUCUAUUUCAUGACUCCGUUUUUAGAUGAUCCUCGCUACGCGGGCACCGAGCUGUACUCAUCGUUCUGGUUUUCCGCUAUCUUGUAUUCCACGGUGUCCGUUGACACUUUCUUCUUCCUCAGCGGCCUCCUUCUGGUUUACCUCACCUUGAAGCAACUCGAGAAAUCCAACGGCAAACUGAACUGGUUUCUUUUCUACCUCCAUCGCUUCGUCCGCAUCACUCCGGCCUACAUGAUCUCCAUCGCGAUCUGGACCACCUUGACCGUCUAUUUCGGCCAGGGUCCGGGCAAGAUUACCCUUUUUGAAACCGCAGCAGGCAACUGCCGAGAGCGAUGGUGGACAAACCUACUCUACAUCAAUAACUUGUACCCGUUUCCCGGUAGUCUAUCUCAACAGUGUAUGGGUUGGACCUGGUAUCUGGCUAAUGACAUGCAGUUCUUCGUCAUCAGUCCUGUCAUCAUUUAUCUACUGUACAAACCUUACAACAACAACACUGUUGUUGUCUAUGAGAACACCGCAGCUGAUAUUAUCUACAGCAAGCCAUAUUGCCGUAUCCCUGCUUAUUUGGUGGGCAUGGUAUUCGGCUACAUCUUUUACAAACUGAAUCGGCAGACCUUCAAGAUGAAUAAGUGGGUCAAUACCAUCAUGUGGAUUUUAGCCAUUGGUGUGGGUCUCUCUAUCGUUUACGGACCCUAUCGUGACGAAGGAGAACCCCUACCGCAGUACGCUGCAGUGAUGUACACCACGCUUAGUCGAGCAGGCUUUGUCAUGGCUGUGGGCUGGGUAGCGUUUUCCUGUGUUGUUGGAUACGGAGGACCCGUCAACAGUCUGCUAAGUUGGAGUUUCUGGGCCCCACUAAGCCGUAUCACCUUCGGUGCUUACCUCCUCCAUCCCAUCCUCAUCUAUGCCUUCUACACGAGUGCCAAGUCCCAGUAUCACUUCACCUAUAUUAUGCUGGCUUCAACUUUCAUUGCGAACAUGGUCCUGUCCUACGCCGCAGCCUUUAUACUGUCCAUCGGCGUGGAAGGCCCGGUCAUGGGACUGGAGAAAGCUCUACUGGGAGGAAGAGCUCGAGGCAAGAAGAACUAAGGCAGGGAAAACAGGCAAGCCUAGAAUGAGGAUGCUUGAAAACGCCGCCUGGACGGAAGGCAGACAUAUAACUUUCAUAUUAAGAGACGAGUUCAUGUACGUCAGAAGAAAUUCAUGUCAACGCCUUAAUUCGCAUUCUGUUUUUUUCCGAAGACAAAAAACACACUGCCCGAAACGUUGAGAUCACUAAAACAUACAGAAUAACUAAAAAAAAAUAAAAAUUGUACGGCCAGUCUAUUGUCGGCGCAACAGUAAGCGCGAAAGCAAACAUCAUGAUGCGAUGAAAUUCAGCCCAGCUGCAAGGGUGUUCGACCUCGACUAUACAACGGCGAAUUCCUAGUGCCAUCCAGGUCGUAUUCUGUUGGCAUUCACUUCGAGGGGGAACCGGCUUCUACCGUCUUGAUGCAGUAGACUUCCCACCGCUUCAUACUUUUCCCAUCUUACCUUCAUUUCUGCUAGGCCCAUUGGUUACUUUAUAGCAGUCAAGUUUUCUUGGCAUACUUGAAACCUGCAUAAUUUAAAUAAUGUACUUGUUUCACUGUCACUGUCACUAAAAGUGACUUUUGACUGGCUGUGUAUAUACCAUUUUUUGUAUUUGUCAUUUUCAACAACUAAUUUUAUGUUGGCGUGAGAUCCGUAUACAGAUAUAUUCUCAUAAUCUUUUUAUUUUGAACAUAUGUAAGCCCAGAGAGCAAACUUUUAAAAAUUAUGUUAUUUCUUAACUAUACGCGACUACAACCAUUUAUAACAUGUUUAACUAUGUGGUGUUGAGAAAUACAGGUCUAUACUAUGCGUUUAGAUUUUCAAGGGGUAAAAUGGACUGUGAAACGGUGAGAAAAAAAAUUGUUUCUUGCACAUGCGGGAAAUGAAACAUCCCGCCACUCAUAACUAGCAUGAGCAAACCGAACAUUUAGCCAGGCAUCGCAAAAACCGUUUCCAUGGUACUGUUCCAUUGUCAAUGCUCUUAAUUUAAUCAAGAGCGUGCACACACCGGUCUAAGCGACAUUGAGAACAGGAAGUGGGUGAGUGGUUGGCUUACUGUACCUUGAAGGUCCCACUGUAGAUGCAGAAACAUGUAAUACAUUAAACCGAGUAUGCAAGACUUUUAGUACUUAAUAAAAAGACUCCCCCCCCGAAAAAUUUUUCAUUGCUUGAUUGUGGAGUUCUACAACAAAACAGCAUUAUUUGUGACGGCGUGCGUGUUUGGCAUGUGCUAAUUUCAGCUCCAUAUAUUAAUUUAACAUUAUCUCUUCUCGCAUUACCGGUAGCCACUAUGUUCGUUCUGUAGCACGGGGAUGCCGACGAGAAAACACUAUGGUUUUUUCUGUGGCUGAUAU